GGCGUCUGGGAAAUUUUAAACUUAAAGGCGGGGCGGUCCGUGCUCUCGGAAGCGGGGGCGGUAGGGCGUCUGCGCCGGUUCUCUGAGGUCCGGCCCGGCAGGAUGGCGGAGGAAGGGGCUGUGGCGGUCUGCGUGCGGGUCCGGCCGCUCCACCACAGAGAAGAAGCUCUUGGAGGAGAUACCCAAGUUUACUGGAAAACUGACAAUAAUGCCAUUUAUCAAGUUGAUGGCAGUAAAUCCUUCCAUUUUGAUCGUGUCUUUCACAGUAAUGAAACUACUAAAAAUGUGUAUGAAGAAAUAGCCGUACCAAUCAUAGAUUCUGCCAUACAAGGCUACAAUGGUACCAUAUUUGCCUAUGGACAGACUGCUUCAGGAAAAACGUACACCAUGAUGGGUUCAGAGGAUUAUUUGGGGGUAAUACCCAGGGCAAUUCAUGACAUUUUCCAAAAAAUUAAAAAGUUUCCUGACAGAGAAUUUCUCUUACGUGUAUCUUACAUGGAGAUAUACAAUGAAACCAUUACAGACUUAGUCUGUGACACUCAAAAAAUGAAGCCUUUAAUAGUUCGGGAAGACUUCAAUAGGAAUGUGUAUGUGGCUGAUCUCACAGAAGAAGUUGUUUAUACAUCAGAAAUGGCUUUGAAGUGGACCACAAAAGGAGAAAAGAACAGAAAUUAUGGAAUUACAAAAAUGAAUCAAAGAAGCAGUCGCUCUCAUACCAUUUUUAGAAUGAUUCUGGAAAGUAGAGAGAAAGGGGAACCUUCCAGUUGUGAAGGAUCCGUCAAAGUGUCCCACGUGCCUGACACAGAGACCACUCCUCUGAGCAUGGCCUAUAUCCAGCAAACCUGCAACCUUUCAUCAUCUAGUACAGAGGUCAACUUUAGUUUUCAUAUUUGCCUAAUACAUGCAGGUAUGCGACUCAAGGAAGGCUGUAAUAUAAAUAGAAGUUUAUUUAUUUUGGGACAAGUGAUCAAGAAACUUAGUGAUGGACAAGUUGGUGGUUUCAUAAAUUAUCGAGAUAGUAAAUUAACACGAAUUCUCCAGAACUCCUUGGGAGGAAAUGCAAAGACACGUAUUAUCUGCACAAUUACUCCAGUGUCCUUUGAUGAAACCCUUACUACUCUACAGUUUGCCAGCACUGCCAAAUAUAUGAAGAAUACUCCUUAUGUUAAUGAGGUAUCCAGUGAUGAAGCUCUCCUGAAAAGAUAUAGAAAAGAGAUAAUGGAUCUUAAGAAACAGUUAGAGGAGGUUUCUUUAGAGACUCGGGCCCAAGCAAUGGAAAAAGACCAGUUGGCCCAACUUUUGGAAGAAAAAGAUUUGCUUCAAAAAGUACAGAUUGAGAAAAUUCAGAACUUAACACGGAUGCUGGUGACCUCUUCUUCCCUCACAUCACAACAGGAAUUAAAGGCUAAAAGAAAACGAAGAGUCACUUGGUGCCUUGGCAAAAUUAACAAAAUGAAGGACUCAAAUUAUAUAAAUGAAUUUAAUAUGUCAACAAAUGUAACAAAAACACGGAAGGCGGCUAUAACUGUAGUGGGAGAAAUUGAUGAAUCUUUCUGCUCAGAGUCUGAUACUUUCAGUAAUACUUUUGAUACAUUAAAUGAGACAGAGUGGAAUCCAGCAACAAAGCUACUAAGUCAGGAAAAUUUAGAAAGUGAGCUGAAUUCACUUCGUGCCAACUAUGAUAAUCUAGUAUUGGACUAUGAACAACUAAGACGAGAAAAUGAAGAAAUAGAAUUGAAAUUAAAAGAAAAGAAUGAUUUGGAUGAAUUUGAGGCUCUAGAAAGAAAAGCAGAGAAAGAUCAGGAGAUGCAACUAAUUCAUGAAAUUUCCAACUUAAAGAAUUUAGUUAAGCAUGCAGAGGUGUAUAAUCAAGAUCUCGAGAAUGAACUAAGCUCAAAAGUAGAGCUGCUUAGAGAAAAGGAAGACCAGAUUAAGAAGCUACAGAAAUACAUAGACUCUCAGAAGUCAGAAGAUGUGAAAAUGGACCUGUCAUACUCAUCGGAAAGCACCGAAGACCUAAAACAAAUGAAACAGACUCUGCUUGAUGCUGAAACUGUAGCCCUUGAUGCCAAGAAAGAAUCAGCCUUUCUUAGAAGUGAGAAUCUGGAGCUGAAAGAGAAAAUGAAAGAGCUUACAAGUACAUACAAGCAAAUGGAAAAUGAUAUUCAGUUAUAUCAAAGCCAGCUGGAGGCAAAAAAGAAAAUGCAAGUUGAUCUGGAGAAAGAAUUACAGUCUUCUUUUAAUGAAAUAACAAAACUCACAUCCCUUAUAGAUGGCAGAGUUCCAAAAGAUUUGCUCUGUAAUUUGGAACUGGAAAGAAAGAUUACUGACCUCCAGAAAGAACUGAAUAAAGAAGCUGAAGAAAGCGAAGCUUUGCGUAAAGAAGUUAAUUUGCUCUCAGCAUUGAAAUCUUUACCCUCAGAAGUAGAAAUGCUGAGGAAAGAGAUGCAUGAUAAAUCUGAAGAGCUCUCUUUAAUAACAUCGGAAAGAGACAAAUUGUUUUCUGAAGUAGUUCAAAAGGAAAGUAGAAUUCAAGAUUUACUUGAAGAAAUUGAGAAUACUAAAAAUGACCUAGCAGCUACCCAGUUGAAUUACAACAGCACCGAUCAAGAAUUCCAAGACUUUAAAAAUCAUCAUAUUGAAUUUGAGCAAAAGUAUAAGCUGGUCCUUGAGGAGAAUGAAAGAAUGAAUCAGGAAAUAGGAAAUCUCUCUAAACAAGCUCAAAAACUUGGUUUAAGUUUGGAUGCUUUCAACACAGAGCUUUCUCCCAAAUCUGAAGAACUUCAGCAGGACACAACUGAGAGUCAAAAAAGGUUAAAUGAAUUGGAAGACCUGAAGGAACAAUUAGAAAGUAGAGAUUCGAGGCUGCAAACUAUGGAAAAGGAAAAAACACUGAUCGCUGAGCAACUUCAACAAACUUUAGUAGAAGUAAGAACCUUAAUCCAAGAAAAGGAGGACCUUAAACAACUCCAGAAGAGCCUGCAGAUUGAGAGGGACCAACUCAAAAGUGACAUUCAGGAUACUGUAAACAUGAAUAUAGACACCCAAGAACAAUUAAGAAAUGCUCUUGAGUCUUUGAAACAACACCAAGAAACAAUUAACACACUAAAGAGGAAAAUUUCUGAGGAAACUUCCAAGAAUUUGCACACACAGGAAAAUCUAGGAGAAACUAAGGAUGAAUUCCAGGAAAAGAUGGUUGACACAGAUAAAAAACAGAACUUGAAAGCCAAAAAUACUCAAGCACUGAUUGCAAAUGUUGAAGAUAAUGAGCUAACUGAGCAACAGAGAAAGAUAUCUUCUUUACUACAGGAGAAAAAUGAACUGCAACAAAUGUUAGAGAGUAUUACAGCAGAAAAGGAACAAUUACAGACUGACCUAAGGGAAAAUAUUGAAAUGACUAUUGAAAACCAAGAAGAAUUAAGAAUUCUUGGAGAUGAACUUAAAAAGCAACAAGAGAUCGUUGUACAAGAAAAGAACCACACCAUAAAGAAAGAGGAAGAGCUUUCUAGAACCUAUGAGAAAUUAGCAAAAGUUGAAGAAAAGCUAAAGGAAAAGAGCUGGCAGCUACAAGAAGAGCGGCUACAGCUACUUCGUGUACAAGAGGAGAUGAGUGAGAUGCAGGAAAAGGCGAAUGAAAUAGAGAAUUUGAAGAAUGAAUUAAGGAACCAAGAACUAACGUUGGAACGUAUAGAAAUGGAGAAGCUAGACUUGGCUCAGAAGCUCCAUGAAAAUUAUGAGGAAAUGAAAUCCAUAACCAAAGAAAGAAAUGAUCUAAAGGAAUUACAGGAAUCAUUUGAAAUAGAGAGAGAGAAACUUAAAGGAUACGUAAGAGAAAUCGAAGUUACAGGUCUAGAAACAAAAGAAGAACUAAAAAUUGCUCGCGUGCAUCUUAAAGAACAACAAGAAACUAUUGACGAACUAAGAAAAAACAUUUCUGAGAAGACAGCUCAAAUAAUAAACAUUCAGAAGGACUUAGAUAAAUCCAAUACUGAAUUACAAGAAAAGAUCCCACUGCUUCGUGAGGAACAGGAGCUACUGCCUAACGUGAAAGACAUCAGUGAUACUCGGGGAACAGUGGAUGAAGUGGAGCUAUUGGAAAAACAAUCCAAAACCAAGGAUUCAAUGACACCGGCACGCAUAGAAAGGAUCAAGUUGACUGAAAAAGUUCCAGACAGUCACGAAGAAACAAAAUAUCUAACUGAGGAAAGAGACAGCCUUCAAAUGAUAAAAGAAGCAGUUCAGGUUGGACAAGACCAACUGCAAGAAGACAUUAGAGAAACAUUGGCUAAUGAUUCUCUUAAGAUCCAGGAGCCUCAAGACACACAGGAUCAGUCCUUCAAUGUGAAAGAAAAGGGCGAUGAGGCUGAGGAAACCCUGAGUGAGUGGGCGCAACUGCAGGAGCAGCUCCAAGCUGGAGAGGCGGCACUGCCAUGGGUGGGCGGGGAGAGACUCGAGGUGGCCGAGAGGCUGCGAGAAGUUCUUCCGUCUGAAACUCACCAACUCAAAGAAAACAUGAGAGAAAUGACAGCUAAGCACCUGGAAACCGAAGAGGAACUGAAAGUUGCUUGUAAAGAGGAACUGAAAGUUGCUCGUUGUCACCUGAAAGAACAGGAGGAAACUAUUGAUAAGCUGAGAGUGAAUCUUUCAGAGAGGGAAACGGAACUCUCCAGCCUUCGAAAGGAAUUAGAAACAACCAAUGAUGAAUUACAGAAAAAGAUCCAAGAGCUUCAUGAGAAACAAGAACAAUUUAUUAGCACCAAAGAAAUCAUUGAGACUCAGGAAAAAAUGAGUGAACUGGAGCAAUUAAAGGAGCAACUCAAAGUCAAAGAUUCAUCAUUACAAAGUAUAGAAAGUGAGAGGCUCAAGUUGACCGAGGAACUUCAGGAAAGUCAAGAUAAAAUAAAAAUUAAAAUUAAGGAAAGAGAUGAACUGAAAAGGAUGCAGGAGUUUCUUCAAAUGGAGAGACACCAACUCAAAGAAAACAUUAAAGAAGCUGUAACUGAAGAGCACCAACAAACCAUUAGUACAAGGAAUAUUCCAAAGGAGACAGACCAAGAAGCAAAUAUUGAGAGAGAUGUAGAAAAUUCAGAUGCUGAAUCACAAGAAAAGAUUCAAGAACUUCAGGAAAAAGAACAUCAGCUUCUUAAGAUGAAUGCUGUCAAUGAGACUCAGGAAAAAAUAUGGGACAUGGAAUACUUCAAGAACCAGUUUGAGGCCCAAAAGUCAACUCUGGAAAAUAUAGAAAUGGAGAAUGUAAGGUUAACUCAGAGACUUCAUGAAAACCUUGAAGAAAUGAAAUCUGUUACAAAAGAGAGAGAUGAUCUUAGGAGUAUAGAGGAGACCCUCAAAGUAGAGAGAGACCAGCUCGAGGAAAACCUGAGAGAAACUGUGAUUAGAGAGCUGGAAAAACAAGAGGAACUAAGAAUUGCUUACAUGCAUGUGAAAGAGCACGGAAACUANUACCAGGAAACUAUUGAUAAACUCAAGGGCCUUGUUUCUGAGAAGACAGAUGAAAUAUCAAAUAUGCAAAUGGAUUUAGAAAGCUCAAAUGCUGCCUUAAAAGCACAGAGCCAAGAACUUCAAGAGAAAGAACAUCAACUUCUGAAGGUAAAAAAUGAUCUCAGAGAAAAUAUGUAUCAAACAGAGCAACUGAAGAAGCAAUUAGAGGCCCAAAAUUCAACCCUGGAAACUGUAGAAACCGAGAAGUUAAGGUUGAGUCAGAAACUUCAUGAAAACCUUGAAGAAAUAAAAUGUGUUACUGAGGAAAGAGAUGGCCUCAGAAGCACGGAGGGAACCCUUAGGAUGGAGCGAGACCAGCUCAGGGAAAGCCUCAGAGAAACAGAAGCUAAAGAGCUGGAAAAACAAGAGGAACUAAGAAUUGCUUACAUGCAUGUGAAAGAGCACCAGGAAACUAUUGUUAAACUCAAAGACGUUGUUUCUGAGAAGACAGAUGAAAUAUCAAAUAUGCAAAUGGAUUUAGAAAAUUCAAAUGCUAAAUUAAAAGAAAAGAUUCAACAACUUAAAGCAAAUGAGCAUCAACUUUUUAAGUUAAAGGAAGAUGUCAGUGAGUCGGAGAAAAAAAUGUCUGAAAUAGAGCGAUUGAGGAAACAAUUCAAGGCCCAAAGUUUAACUCUGGAUAAAAUAGAAAUGGAGAACUUAAAUUUGGCUCAGAAGCUUCAUGAAAACCUUGAAGAAAUGAAAUCUGUAAUGAAAGAAAGAGAUAAUCUGAAAUUGGAGAGAGACCAGCUCCAGGCAAACCUCCAGGAAACCAUAGCUAGAGAUUUGGAGACACAGCAAGAACUAAAAAUUGCUCAUAUGCAUUUGAAAGAAAACCAAGUAACUAUUGAUAAAUUCAGAGAGAGAGUUUCCGAAAAGACGACUCAGAUUUCAACUAUUCAAAAGGAUUUAAAUAAAUCUAAAGAUGAGUUACAGAAAAAGAUACAAGAACUUCAGAAAAAAGAGCUUCAACUUCUUAAAAUGAAAGAAGAUGCCAAUAAAACUCAUAAAAAUAUAAACAAAAUGGAACAAUUGAAGCAGCAGUUUAAGGCCCAAAAUUUCCGUAUGCAAAGUGUGGAAAUGANAUGUAUGCAAAGUGUGGAAAUGGAUAACUUACACUUGACUAAGACACUUCAUAAAAGCCUUGAAGAAAUAAGAAUUUUAGCUAAGGAAAGAGAUGAGCUAAGGAAGAUAAAAGAGUCUCUCAAAAUGGAAAGAGACCAAUUCAGAGAAACCUUAAGAGAAAUGAUAGCUAGAGACCAACAGAACCAUAAAGAGGUAGUAAAAUAUGGAAAACAGUUACAAUGUAAUGAAAAACACCACCUCACAGAAAGCCUGAGAGAAAAGUGCUCUCGGAUAAAAGUAAGUACUUUGUUAAAAUUACAGAUGAAUGUGGGUACUCCUCCAAAGAAAUUACAUGAUUCUGUUGUUGUUCUUAUUAGAAUCACUUCUACAAAAGCCACUGUGGAAUAUCAAAAAGAAGUUAUAAGGGUAUUGAGAGAAAAUCUUAGAAGAAAUCAACAAGCCCAAGAUACCUCAAUUGUAUCAGAAUGUACGGACUCUCAGCCUUCAAAUAAACCCUUAACUUGCGGAGGUGGUAGUGGCAUCGUACAAAGCACAAAAGCUCUUAUUUUGAAAAGCGAAUAUAUACGGCUAGAAAAAGAAAUCUCUAAGUUAAAGCAGCAAAAUGAACAGCUAACAAAGCAAAAGAAUGAACUAUUAAGCAAUAAUCAUCAUCUUUCCAAUGAGGUCAAAACAUGGAAGGAGAGAAUCCUUAAAAAAGAGACUCACAGAGAAGUUAGUUCUGAGAAUUCUCCACAGUCUCCUAAAGUGACUAGAACAGCUUCCAAAAAGAGGCCACAUACACCGUCUCAAUGCAAGGAACGGAAUUUACAAGAUCCUGUGCCAAGGGAAUCACCGAAGUCUUGGUUUUUUGACAGCCGAUCAAAGUCUCUACCUCAUCCAGUUCGCUAUUUUGAUAACUCGGGUUUAGGCCUUUGCCCAGAAGAGCAAACUGCUGGAGCACAGAGUGUGGAUCCCCAGCCCGCUCCUUGGCACGCCUCUUCUGGAAGAGACGUGCCCGAGUGCAGGACACAGUAGACUCCCGUCCCGUCACUUUUCCGGGGGCCCAGCAUUCCCUGUUUGGACAUGACUGUGUUUAUUACUUUAUGCCUGUCCCUGGCAAUGUUGUCACAGUCCAACUCAAUUUCAAUUCAGUUUUCAUUUUGCCACUAGAAUUGGAAGAUGAAGGAAUAGAUCAACGCAUUCCAGCAAUUUAGAAUGAUGAUAGCAAUAUCUUCUUGAAUGUGGUAAUACUUUAGAAGUUGAAUUGUUUUAUUUAUUUAUAUAUUUUGUAAAGAAUAAAAUUGUUGAAGGCA